AGUCGUCACACAGUCAUUCUAUCUGUGUCGUCUCGACACAAUGCUUAACCUUCUUCUCCUUCUCGUCCCCCUAGUGGUGGGGGACUACCCCUUCAGAAAUAUCUCUCUACCCUGGGAGGACAGAGUCAACGACCUCGUGGGGCGUCUCACACUGGACGACAUGCAGCUUCAGAUUUCCCGAGGGGGCGCAGGACCUGAAGGUGGUCCCGCCCCUGCUAUACCCCGUCUGGGUAUCAAACCAUAUUCCUGGAACACAGAGUGUCUCCGCGGGGACGUCUCGGCGGGGAACGCUACCUCCUUUCCCCAGGCCAUAGGACUGGCAGCCUCAUUUAGCCCUGAUCUGAUAUUCCGGGUAGCCCAGGCCACGGGUGAGGAGGUUAGGGCCAAGUAUAACAAUUAUACGAAGUACGGGUCAUAUGGCGACCACAAGGGUAUCAGUUGUUUCAGCCCAGUCAUCAACAUCGUGAGAGACCCCAGGUGGGGCAGGAAUCAGGAAACGUAUGGAGAGGAUCCAUACCUGUCAGGAGUCUUUGCCUCAAGUUUUGUAAAGGGUCUCCAGGGAAGUGAUCCCCGCUACGUCAGAGCUAACGCUGGCUGCAAACACUUCAAUGUCCAUGGGGGUCCCGAGAAUAUUCCCGUUUCUCGCUUAUCGUUUGAUGCAAAGGUGUCUGAAAGAGAUUGGCGCACAACGUUUCUCCCAGCCUUCCGCUCCUGUGUCAAGGCCGGUACCUACAGUAUCAUGUGUAGCUAUAACAGCAUCAACGGAGUUCCAGCAUGUGCCAACAAGAAGCUUCUGACGGAUAUUCUGAGAACCGAAUGGGGUUUCAAAGGUUACGUGGUCAGUGACGAAGCUGCCAUUGAGAACAUCAUCACUAAACACCACUACCUCAACAACAGCGUCGACACCGUCACCGCAUGUGUGAAGGCUGGAUGCAACCUCGAAUUGUCCUUUUUUAACGCCGAACAGGUGUUUCUGUCAGUGGUUGAUGCUGCGAAACAAGGCAAGCUGACUGAAGACGAGGUUAGGAUCAGAGUUAAGGAGCUGUUCAAUGUCAGAAUGAGGCUUGGAGAGUUCGACCCACCGGAAAUGAAUCAAUAUACAAAACUAAACAUAUCAAUAGUGCAGGGCGAAGCUCACAGGAACCUGUCUGUUGAGGCAGCAUUGAAGACAUUUGUGUUGCUGAAAAACCAAGACAAUGUCCUUCCCUUGAAGCCAUCAAGCUACCAAAACGUAGCGGCUGUCGGACCAAUGGCCAACAAUCCAUAUGAACAGUUUGGAGACUAUGCUCCCGCAAUGAACCGCGAAUACACCACCACACCUCUACAGGGCUUACAAUAUCUCUGGUCUACAGUGAGGUAUGCGGCAGGCUGCAUGGACAACAAAUGCACUCAGUAUAACUCCCACCAAGUCCGAAUUGCAGUAACAGCCUCUGACCUCAUUUUUGUGUGUCUUGGCACAGGUCGGGAACUAGAAUCUGAAGGAAAUGACAAGGCCAACCUGGAGCUCCCUGGGCAACAGCUGCAGCUGCUGAUGGAUGCUGUCACCACCGGCAAGGAAUAUGGUGCCAAGGUCAUCCUCCUUCUUUUCAAUGGCGGACCCCUCAAUAUUACUUGGGCUGCUGAGAGUCCCAAUGUACAUGCAAUAAUGGAACUGUUUUUCCCAGCCCAGUCAACAGGCGAGGCUCUGCGACAAGUACUUUUGGCAGAGGGACCAAAUUCAGUACCUGCCGGAAGACUUCCGGUAACGUGGCCAAGAUAUAUGGACACGGUGCCUGAUAUUACCAACUACACAAUGGUCGGACGCACAUACCGGUACGCCACGUAUCCAGUUCUCUUCCCCUUUGGCUACGGUCUGUCCUACACCAGCUUCUUCUACGACACAUUGGAGUGUCCCUCUCAGGUGACAGCCGGGCACGAUGUCACUGGUUUUGUCUUACUUAGCAAUCGAGGAUCCUUUGAUGCCUUUGAGGCCAUCCAGGCGUACAUAUCCUGGUCUAACGCCACGGUGACGGUUCCACAGCUUCAACUGGUGGCCUUCAACAGAGCGUUUGCACCACGGGGCGUGCAGACUCAGUGGAACUUUACCAUCUCGGCAGAAUCUCUCGCAGUGUGGACUGACCAGAAGGGAUGGGUUGUUGAGCCAGGUGUCAUUUCGUUGUGGGUAGGAGGCCAACAACCUAACGCCAGGCCAGCUAUUGACUCCAAUGUUGUUUCUUGCCAGUUCAAAGUUAUAGGACAAAAAACGCUUGGUCGAUAUUAAUCAUUAUUAAUUCUUCACUUUUCACCUGUGUAUCUCAUGUAUAGGUUUAUAAUGAAUGGAAUUGGAUAUGUGUUCUAUAUAUGUAUAAAGUGAUCGGAUAGGACAUAUUCUAAAAACAAACACAAGUAUCAAACAAAAUGGUUAAAUAUACUUAAUCUUAAUAUAGCAGUGUUACACAACGUACUGAAAUCUAGUUUAAAGUUUAGUGUUUGAAAUGUUUAGUCGUUGCCGAAUGUACCACAGGGCGUCCUGGUUAUGUUCCUAUAUUUUUUAAUAAGAAGUGAGCUGUGUUUAAUACC